AGAUUAUUAAAAAACGUAAAUAAACUGCAUUUGCAUUGAUACGUAAUGAAUUGUUAAAAAAAUAAGUGAAUUAACUAUUUUAUAUAAAAAUUAAACUUGAUAAUAAACAAGUUUCAUGGAUUCCGAUAUACGCCUCGAUAGUAAAGACUGUUUAUACGGUGAAGAUUUUUUGGAACAUCUUACCAAUGAUUAUCAUUGGCCCUCUGUAUUAGAUGUGACUGAUGCUACUCCCAGCGAAAUAUUAGCUGAUGCAGCACCAAUUCUAGUCCCUGCUAUAUCACCAGAUCUAAGUAUCAAAUCUUCUCCCAAUGAGAGCAGUAAUUCCGAUUCUAGCAGUGAUGAUGACUCAAAAAAUGGGUAUUACAAAUUUACUACAAGACCCAUGCCCCAAUCUCCAUCAGAUUAUUCUAUUAAUGAUGAACCUACAAAUCAGCUAAAGCUUGAAGAUGUAGAGUUAUUUCUUCAAAAAUCAGUACCAACAAGUCCACCAGUUCUUGAUAUAUCACCUACAACAAGGCCACCAGAACAAGCCAGUCCUGUUAUGUCUAUUGAAAAUGGUGUGAUAAAGGGUGUUAAAAAGGAACUUGAAGGUGAUGAAAUUACUACUACACAUUCAAAAAUGUCUACUGCUGUGGAUAUACAUCUUACAAAUUCUAUUUUCAAAGUUGUGAAUGAGAAUUCGCAGAAUAUGUUAAAAUUUGAUGAAAAUAUUCAAUUUUCAAUUGACAACCAGGGCAGACUGAAACCGAAUGUAAAAACAAAUGCAAAUUUUUUAAUUUCAUCAGAGACUACAAAUGGUAAAAUUGCUAUCACACCGGUUACUGUAAAUAAACACUUCCAAGUAACAAACAAUAAUAGUUACCAUAUAAAGGCGCAUUCACCAAAAAGUAUAAUCAUCAAUCCCAAUUUAGAUGUCAAUAAAAAAAGUAACUAUACAAAUAAUGUCAAUGGAGAUGAGACUGACCUUGAUUUCAUAGAUUUCUCAAAGCUUACCGACAUUGAGAUCAGGGCUAUCAAAAAACAACAAAGAAUGAUUAAAAAUAGGGAAUCAGCAUGUCAGUCACGGCAAAAGAAGAAAGAAUAUGUGACAGCUUUAGAAAACCAACUAUUAGAAGCACAUCAAGAAAUAAGAAGAUUACAAAUAGAGAAUAAACAACUACGGGAACAGCUCAUACUAAAUGGGAGAAGUAGAAAGAUACCAAAGCUCGAUUCAACAAUCUCAAUACCUAAAAGGAACAUUGCUGUUAUUUUUGCAAUGGUAUUCAUGGUGUCAUUAAAUUUCAAUAUUUUAGGAUGGAAUUCAAGAACAUUUUCCGGACAGACAUCCGUGCAUGUUAAUUCGAGACACCUUUUGUGGUCAGAGGAUAGUAAGGACAUAGUUACAGAUGACUAUGAUCAGUAUCUCAACCGUAGUAAUGAAGGUAUGGACUGUAGGAACACAACAUUAAGUGAUUUCCUUAAGAUUAAUCAGACAGAGAGUAUAAGGAUAGCUGGUGAAUUGAAAAGGUGGAUAGGAGGAGGGAAAACCUUGAACUUAACAAAGGCACUGAAAAAAAAUAAGGUCUAUUUAAAUGAACAGCAUAUUUCAGGAGGAUUUCUGGACAGCUAUGAAUUAAUCAGCAAAUUAAAUCUGCAUAAUUUAAUCGACAUUCCCAUUACACCCAAACAAGCGAGGAAUGCCAGAGAAAAGUCACGUUUAAGGAAAUUAAGGAGGCAUACGUCGAAAGAUAUAGAUUUCGCUGACAGUUCGUUAUACUAUGAAAAAUUAUAUAACAAACCUAUUAGGAAAUCGGUAGAUUUUAAUUUGGACGAUUUUGGGGAAUGGAACGCGUUGCUUCAAGCUCUUCAUAGACGGGAUGACACAUUUUACGUAGUAGGCGUGGGGAAGGGAGAGCAUUUGUUGUUACCGGCUGUCACUCACAACGUCACUCGUCCACCCAAGAUGGCGUUAAUAUUGCCCGCACGUUCCGGAAAUGAUUCAUUGAUGAAUGGUCAUGUGACACUCAUGCAAAUUGAUUGCUCAGUCGUCAACACAACCCUAGUCAAACUGAAGUCGGAAGCGUUGCCGGAGAGUUUAAGGAAAGUCAAUUUCGAUGGUAAUCCCUCAAUUGAUACGAAACGAGAAAAUGCAAAAAUACAGAGAUUCAAAGUUGAUACUAGUCAAGAAGAUGUACAUAAUAAUAGCUUAGAGUAUAGAAAACCCUAUUUAAAUGUCGAUAAAAAUGAUUUGUUUACGCAGUAUUUGCUGUCGAAGUCGAAUAUAAAAAAUACCUCUAAUGAAAUAAAAUAUUCAGAAAAAAAUGAUUUAAGAGAUAGUAAGAAAUCUGAUAAUGAGAGAUAAUUUUUAAACUAUUAUUUAAUGGCAACAAAUUAUUUUCUGGUACAAACAUUUUAAAUGCACCUCAUACUGUCAGUAUGUUUGAAAUGUUCCAAAAGAGCAUGACAAGAGUAGAAAUUUGUGAUGUGAUGUACUGUGUACUGUGUAUGUGAUGAACUCGGUACUGUGUAUAUGAUGAAGUGUGUACUGUGUAUGUGAUGUACUGUGUACUGUAUAAUAAAGUCACAUACAUACCUUUUAAGUAAAUAUGUUGAUCACUUUACAUAAUGGGUUGUAUUCAUGUCAAAAAAAUUUAUUUACUUAAGAUUCUAUCAAAUUGAAAGCAUUUUAAUUCCAUGUUAGCCACUUAAAAAAUAUUAUGUUUUAAAUUAUUAUACAUGUAACUAGAAUUUAAGUAUUGUAUUUCCUAAGUAUAGCUAUUGUGACCAUAUCUCUUUACAUAUAUCCUUGAAAAAAUAAUGUACCACAAACUAAAAUUCUGACUAUCCAUCAUUUAACUUGUCCAAAAAAUCAGAAGUGUAUGUUAAAAUAAUUGUCAUAGAAAAGUAUUUGUUAAGUAAGUUUUUUGUGGUCAGUCAAAAGUUCAAUACCAUGACAGGUUCAUAAUAUGUACCGUUUUAGAGUUUUGAUGUAUUCCAAUAAUUUAAGGCGCUGUGCUUUUAACUUUGUACCUAAAUCUAUUUUAUCUGUAUUGUCGGGAUGGUUCCGCAGCAUUGCAAUGGCUCGAAUCUUGAUUAUGGCACGUUAAGUUUAAUCACAUGGUUGUAAGUGAGGCCAAAAUAAAGUUAUAUGAGACUGAGAUUUUAAAGCUUUCAUGAAAUUUGUGUGCUAUACGAUAGAUUUAUAAAUGGGAAAAUAAUAAGUGAAGGAUACGGAUUUGUACAUUUUGUUACCAUUUUAACAGCUAAUUGUUUCCUAUUAUUUUAUACACUUUUUGUCAAAUUUGAAUAGCUCCUUAUAAGAAAACUAUUAUUUCUGACAGUGUUAUAAAAAAUUUAAAGUGAUGAAAUGAUUGUUUACGUGUCAAUAUGUCCUAAUUGUAUUAUUAUAAAUGAUAUUCUAAGUUUCAGAAAUAUCACAAAAUUAUAUUGUGUUUGUUAUAGUUUUACCAUAUAAGUUAUUGUUUUUUUGUUACAAAAAUAUUAAUGUUUACAUUAUUUUUUAUUUUGUAUUAUUUAGUGUAUUAAAAAACUAUCAAUAAAAGUCAUAAAUAUAACUAAUAA